AUGGAGCAGCAGACCGUCAUCCUGUACCCGAGCCCUGGCGUCGGCCACAUCGUCCCCAUGGUGCAGCUCGCCAAGGUCUUCCUCAGGCACGGCUACGACGUGACCAUGGUGAUCGCGGAGCCAGCCGCCAGCUCGCCCGACUUCCGCAUCGUCGAUGUCGGCCGCGUCGCUGCCUCCAACCCCGCCAUCACCUUCCACGUCCUCCCACCGGUCCCGUACGCCGACCUCGCCGUCUCCGGCAAGCACCAUUUCCUCCUCACGCUGCAGGUGCUGCGACGGUACAACGACGAGCUGGAGAGGUUCCUCCGCUCCACCGUCCCGCGCCAGCGCGUGCACUCCCUGGUGGUCGGCAUGUUCUCCACCGACGCGGUCGACGUCGGCGCCAAGCUGGGCGUCCCCGUGUACACGCUCUUCGCCUCGGCCGCCGCCACCCUGGCCGUCGUGGCUCAGCUGCCGGCGUUGCUCUCCGGCAGGCGAGCGGGCCUCAAGGAGCUCGGGGACACGCCGCUCCGGUUCCUCGGCGUCCCAUCUCGUCAGGGAGCUGCUGGGGCACCCGGACGACGACGAGCUGUGCAGGACCAUGGUGGACGUCUGGACGCGCAGCACGGACGCCAGCGCCAGCGGCGUCCUCGUUAA